AUGGGAGACAGUGUCUCUUCUCGAGUAAAGACCCGAUUGAAGGAAAUAUGGAGGGCUAUGAAGAGGACCAAAACUCUAGAAUCUUCCAGUCUCGAGACUCCUCUUCGUCGUUGCCUCAAUGUCUUCGAUCUGACCCUCCUUGGCUUGGGAAAUAUGACUGGAUCGGGAAUCUAUGUUCUGACUGGAACUGUUAUUCGUGACAAAUCGGGUCCUUCUAUUUUUCUUUCGUAUCUUCUUGCAGGCAUCACUGCCUUUUUGAAUGCUCUUUGUUAUGCCGAACUGGGAUCUCGUAUUCCUAAA